AUGUGCCCCCCAACCACCCCGCCUCCAACCCUAACAACCAGCGAAGCACACCUCUUCUCCCCCCUCCCCCCCAUCUACGUCCUCCCCACCCACCUCCCCCUCGACACCCUACACACCACCGAAGACGCCCUCGUGCACCGCGCCGCGCGCCUCACCUACGAUGCCGCCGAGGCGGGCCUCGUCCUCGGCAAGCUGAGGCAGAAGAAGAGGGCGGUGCUGGAGUUGAGGACACGCGGGGUGUGGACGACGGAGGUGGAGCGCGUUUCUAAUCCUGGGCAUGGGGUGGGUGGGUUGGAUUUGGAGUUGGGUUCGCGAGCGGGGAGUGCUCGCAGCGCAAGUGCUAGUGUUAGUGUUACUGGCAGUGGCAGCCCUGAGCCUGUGGCGAAACGGCAGCGGGUGGAGUCUGCGGAGGACGCGCGGGUGCGGCUCAAUGAUGAUGGUGUUGUUGAUCUUGCGACUGAGAGGGAGAGCGAGGAGGAGGGUGGUGGUGGUGUGCGGCGACAUCUGCGGGUGCCGGAGUCGAGGGCGAGGGCGAGGUCGAAGUCUGUGGCGUCAACGGCGACAGCCCCCUCUGGGACGGAUGCCCAGGGUGGCGAGCGGGAUGUGGUCACGGUGGUUCGGCUGGACUGGGUUGAGGAAGUGCUCCGGGCGCGGAGGCUGGUGGCCAUGGCGCCGUUUGUGGUCUACCAGGGCCGCAAGGUUGCGGCUCCUACGCCUGCGGCUGCGUCUGCAGGUGGCGCGGAGAACUCAAAGGCGAUAUUGCAACGGGCCGAGCAAGACGCCAUAUUCAAGCCCCCCGCGGCAGCGAGCAGCCGCUUCACGGCGCGGCGCUCGCGCGAGCCGCUCGGCCCCGGCCACCAACCGCCCAAGCUCUACCAGCAGACGACGUCCGAGCACGACGAGGCGGCGCCGCUACCGCCUGCGCCGGACUGGGUGCGCGACCGCGUCAUGUACGCGUGCAUGCGGUCGGCGCCGCUGCACCCGCCCAACGAGGCGUUCAUCGCGCAGCUGGUCAAGAUCCGCACGGUGCGCGAGCUCACGCUGGACGAGAUCGGGGUGCGGGCGUACAGCACGUCGAUCGCGGCGCUGGCCGCGUACCCGUCCGCGAUCCAGCGGCCCGCCGAGAUCCUCACGCUGCCCGGCUGCGACGCCAAGAUCGCCGCGCUCUUCGCCGAGUUCCAGGCCAGCGCCGACGGCACGGUCGCCGCCGCCGCCGCCCUCGACUCCGACCCGGCGCUGCGCACCCUGCACCUCUUCGGGAACAUCUGGGGCGUCGGCGCCAAGACCGCCCGCGACUUCCUCUACCAGCGCCACUGGCGCGACCUCGACGACCUCGUCGAGCACGGCUGGGCCGCCCUCUCCCGCGUCCAGCAGAUCGGCCUCAAAUACUACGACGAGUUCCUCGCCGGCGUCCCCCGCCCGGAAUCCGAGGCCAUCGCCCGCACCGUCGCCGCCCACGCCGCCCGCGUCCGCCCCCACGCCCGCUACGACGCCCGCGGCCUCGACUGCGUCCUCGUCGGCGGCUACCGCCGCGGCAAGCCCCUCAGCGGCGACGUCGACCUCGUGCUCUCCCACCGCGACGAGUCCGUCACCAAGAACCUCGUCCUCGACCUCGUCCGCAGCCUCGAGGCCGCCGGCUACAUCACCCACACCCUCGCCCUGCACAUGACCUCCUCCCACCGCGACCAGCAGCCGCUGCCCUACCGCGGCGACGACGAAGACGACGACGACGACGUGCCUGGCCGCCACUUCGACACCCUCGACAAAGCCCUCGUUGUCUGGCAGGACCCGGACUUUGACGACGACGACGGCGACGACGACGACGCUGCCCCAACCUUAACCUCAGCUGAAGCCGAAGCCGACGAUCAAGACGAGAACCAAGAAGAAGGUGCAGAGGCUCGCCGCCGUCGCCGCAAUCCCAACCCGCACCGUCGCGUCGACAUCAUCAUCUCGCCGUGGCGUACGGUCGGCUGCGCCGUGCUCGGCUGGUCGGGCGACACGACCUUCCAGCGGGACCUGCGGCGGUACGCGAAGAAGGCGCACGGGUGGAAGUUCGACUCGAGCGGGGUGCGCCAGCGCACGACGGGCGGGCAUGUCGUGGACUUGGAGCGUGGCGGCGAGACGUGGCAGGAGAGGGAGAGGUUGGUGCUGGAGGGGUUGGGGGUGGGAUGGAGGCCGCCCGAGGAGAGAUGUACCCGGUAA